AUCAAUUAUACUGCACGAAGCGGCACUGCAUUUGUUCUCGGAAUUGGAUCAGCUAAAGGCCAGAGAUUCUCGGUCCACAGCCAGCAGCCACGGUGCCGGUUCCGGCCCUUGGUUUCCGUCUGAGGCGAGACCACCUGGGACUGCCGGUGUAGUGGAGGUAUGGACUGUAACUGUGUUAGUGACCUGCUGCUCACGCCACCUGUCCCAACCCUCUGGACACCAGGCAUCGCCUUCCCAGACUGGGCCUAUAAACCAGAGUCAAGCCCAGGCUCCAGGCAGAUCCAGCUGUGGCACUUCAUCCUGGAGCUGUUGCAGAAGGAGGAAUACCAUGGGGUGAUUGCCUGGCAGGGAGACUAUGGUGAAUUUGUGAUCAAAGACCCAGACGAGGUGGCAAGGCUGUGGGGUAUUCGGAAGUGCAAACCUCACAUGAACUACGACAAGCUCAGCCGAGCACUGAGGUACUACUACAACAAACGCAUUUUGCACAAAACUAAAGGCAAGCGCUUCACAUACAAGUUCAACUUCAGUAAGGUUGUUCUGGUGAAUUACCCACUGUUGGAUAUGGCCAGCUCACCAUUCUUGCUUGCCCAGAACCACUUCAAUGGAGGGGCAGCCACACCGGACUGCAGCCCUGUCACACCCGAGGCCCUUCAGUCUUUAUUCCCUCGUUUACCUGAAUUGGGUCGAGGGCCUUCCCUGUUUGAGCGUGGCACUGGUGCCCCAGGGCCUGAUGGGGACAAACUGAGACUGGACACUUUCCCUUUUCUCGGCUCAGGGGCUCCUUGUUACUCUAAACCUCCAUCCCUGUUGGGUCCUUACGCACGGAACCCCUCUUUCGACUACCCCUGGGGCUUCAACCCCUACCUCCCAGGGGCUUUUUCUCUGAAUAACUGUCCCAAAUUGCCCCCGGGCUCCCUCUACUCCUCACACUUCUACUCCAACCCACUACAGUCUAGCUUAUCUCAGCUACCACACCCCUUCUCCUCGCUCUUACCCCCUGGAAACACCACCGGGGCAGAACGAGCUCAAGCAGGAGGAACCAACGGCUCAGCAGGUGGACAGCCUCCCAGACUCUGCAUCCCUCCAUACCCUGGGAGUCUGCCAGUGUUGCGAACUGAGCUGGGGAAUGGGCUUACAGGUGUAGGCGACCGGGAAAGAGGGGAGACCAACACCGGUGGAGGUCUUGGCCUGGGAUUAGGCCUAGGCCUGGGCUUGGGGGGUGUUGGAAUGGGAAGUGGUGGAGGCCGCCAGAGCCCUUCAGAGCGAAGAAAGGGUGUAAAGCAGGAUCCAGAGUCUGACUCUGAACUGGAGAUCACAGACCUGAGCGACUGUAGCUCCGACAACGAGAACGAGCCGGACUUCUCUCUGAGGAAGGAGUCAAGGCUGGGUGGUCGCUCGCACCUACUAGAGGUCAAAUCUAGGGGCCUCAGGGGAGUCUUGCCCCCUCUCUCCUCUCCUCCUCCAGCUGUGUCUCCACAUCCCCUCAAAAGCCUGGUGCCUCUGACUCCUCCACCUCCAUCCCUACCUCCAUCCCUCUCUCCCUUGCUCAGUAUGGUUGACCGGCACAGGGAAACAGAGACACUUAAACUUGCACACAGUUAAUAUGUUCCGUUGUGUGAUUUUUGAUGUCUUGCAGAUUCUCUCUUUCUCUUUUUCUGUCUCUGUAUACCUGCAUUUGUGAAAUAAUGCUGGAUAUUCUGAUACAUUUUUUUUCCUCCUUGUGUUGACUCCUCCAAAGCCACUCCUUGCUUGUGCAACUCCAAUAUCAGUGAGUCAAAUUAUCUAUGUUGAGACUCUCAAUGCAAACUUAGUUUUGUUCAGAGUGAAAAUACAGCACAAAAAGCAGCCUGUUCAGAAUAUAAUCAUUUUUUAUUCUAAACAUCUAAAGAAUUUUCAUGGUCUCAGCUCUAUUAAGAUUAAAGUAGUGAGCUAUUUUACUGCCCAGAUGGCACAGUAAAGGAAUAUGCAUAUCUUUUAGCUCCCACUUUUUGAAUUGCACUGCAUUCCAGUCCUGCUGAGGUAGGCAGUAAGUUUGUUCUGCUUGAUGUACCUCACAAAACUUUCCAUAAGUUAUUUAUGCUAUGAGCUCAGCUGAACAGUGUAACAAUGCAAAAUGCAAUAAUGGCAACACUGACAAAAAUGUUAAGGUGAUUCAGAUGUGCUGCAAUAAAAGCACUUUUUUGUGUUACAUUGCGCUGAUUCCAAGGGAUUCAGAAAAAAUAUUAUCAAACAUUGCCAUCUUG